AUGGCGUCUGUGACAACAGCAACUUCAGAGUGGAUUCAGUUUUUUAAGGAUGCUGGGAUCCCUGCAGGCCUCGCUGUCAAUUAUGCCGUGUCUUUUGUGGACAACAGAAUUCAGAAGAAUAUGUUGAUGGACCUCAGUAAGGACAUCAUGAUGGACCUUGGCAUCACUGUCAUUGGUGACAUCAUCGCUAUUCUUAAACAUGCCAAGCAGGUCUACAGACAGGACAUGUGCAAGAUGGCCACAGAGGCCAUCUCCUUAGGACAGACCAGUGUCAAAGCUGAGCUCAGGAGAGCUGCCAACACCCCUGCCACACGUAUGAUUGCCAAUGCCUUGAGCCACGAUUCCCCUUCAAACACUCAUCGAUCUGACAGCUGCCUGUCUGUUACUGUGUCCAAUGUACAAGCAAACAAAUGCAGCAAAGCAGUCAUGAGUCAGCCGGCAGAUGAGGGGAAUAGUUUGCCAGUGGCGAAGCGUCGUUGUGUGACAGCUGAAAUGGAGGGCAAGUACGUGAUCAACAUGCCCAAAGGCACCACGCCACGGACACGCCAUAUUCUGGACCAACAGAAGAAGGGUUUGAAACGUACCUCAGUGUUUGCAAGACUUGGGGCUGAAUCAAAGGCGGACACAACCACAAGCAGUAAUAAGCCCACUGGUGUCUUCAGCCGUCUGGACAGAGGAGAUGAAGAGGAUGAUAGUCCAAGUCCAGAGAAGACCAUUUUAAUUGAUGUAGAUGCCAGGGACAGCGAUGGAGAAGGUGCCAUCCUCCCAUAUGCCGGUAUCCUCAAGAGAGCUUUGCCCCCACAAACAAAAGAACCUGCCAAAAAACCAGCCCUGACCACGUUGCGACGCCUGGGUGUAAAAUUCAAACAGCCUUCUUCUGACGUCCCCAUCUCCUCAUCGUCUUCUUCUAAUGGCCUCGUGAAGCCGAGUGUGCUCCAGAGGCUGGGCAAGCCCGCCGCUCUUCCGAGCUCGACCGCGUCUGCCACACCUGCCGACACCCAGGACAACAGAGUGAGCAGCACCAAGCCCAGAGCUCAGGCAAGACCAGCAGUGGCCAGGUCCAAAGUGAGCAGCAGCACGGGGGCAGAGUCUCUCGGAGCUCAGAUGGACAUUAAAGCUGUCAGUGUCUUCAAAAGGCUGGGCAGCAAAAGGACCUAACACAGGAACCC